AUUCAAUAAAUGCCGAAUUGAGAUUUUGUUUGUAUCGUUUGUUAUUGUUAGUGUGAUAUUUUACCAUGCAAAUAGAGGGGAAAACGUCCAAUUAUCAGCCAGAAAAAAUCGGCAGCAUAUAUCGCCAUCGGCUGACCCUGACUCCUAAUUAUCGGCUUCGGCUAUUGAUAAACCCAUAUCGGUCGACCUCUAGUUUCAAGUUAUGAGUAGAGUAACAUUACAUGACAUGGUUUCAAUACAGUGAAGCAGGAUUUUCGGUAGUUAUUUAGAAGUACUAGUAAUUCUCAUGCCCUGCGAUGGGCUGGCCCCCCAUCCUGGGUUGUUCCCUGCCUCGUGCCCAUUGAUUCCGGGAUAGGCUCCGGACCCCCCGCGACCCAGUAGGAUAAGCAGUUUGGAAAAUGGAUGGAUGGAUAGUAAUUCUCAUGUAGAUGAAACACUCAGUUAGUAUAGGCCAAUGAAGUUAGCCAACCACCGCAAACUACAGCCAGAGAGCUGAAACACCUGUUAUACUCAAAUAAAUGUAACAUGGAAGACACCAUAAACAUAGGGAGGGGUUACUGCAGGGCUGUUUUGCUCGUAUUUAUGGGACUGUUAAUAUUCACUUUUUUCUGUUUAUUGUUCAAUGAAGUGCACUGACUAUAAGAAAUUACUGUCUACAGGAAGCAUGCUGCUUAAAGCAAAACUCGGAGGUGUGCAGAAAUUUGUCAGAGUUUCUGAGCCAAGCCUUAAGGAAUUUUUGAUUGCCGCAUUUGCAAAGUUUGGUGUGCCAGCCAUAAUAGAAGGUGUGAAAGUUUUUGACAGUUCAGGGACUGAGUUGGAUGAUGAUGUAUUUGAAGAUAUAGUAACGGAUCCCUCAACUGGGGUACUAACCAUCAAAUAUGACACAGGUUUGGAAACAGCUGCUACAGAAGUGUCUCCUGAGCAGUCGCAGUUAUCAUCGUCACAUUCUUCAGAUUCACAGGACACGGUCAUCCUUUCAGACAGCCCUUCUAGGAAACGCAGGAAGCUGGACGCAGAAGCUAAGCAAUUGGUGGAAUCCAUUCUCACCAGCAAACCUGGCGGAGAACGUAUAAUAAAUGAAUACAUUCGAACCAAGUCCUUGGUGGAUGAAACCAGAAGAAAAAUGGUGAACAUACUGGUAGCUGACAUGACAGAAAAAAAUGGAACAUCACCACCACGCCAGGUAAAAGAAAUGUAUGCCAGAGGAAUUGUAACCUUAUUCCCCUACCUCAGUGACCCGUACUCCAAAAAUGGCUAUGAACAUUAUUAUGAUGGUGAGAGUGGCACUGGGUACUUGGCCUGGAGGAUUAAAACCAUACAGAGAUGCAGUGCUAAAGACAGGCGAUUAUCAUUUGGAGGAGAUGGAUCAUCGGGUGAAAACCAGUGUGGAGGACCAACUGGAAGACGAGAGUUGCAGUUUGUUACAGAGAAGGUGCUGAGUGAGGAUGAGUGCAAGGAAGCAAUCUCACUGAUGAAACAUUCAGCUGAUGAAGACACAGUCAAGAAGAAGAUGAAGUUGACAGCAGUUUAUCGCCGCAACAUGGUCCUUGACCCCUUGCUGUCAAGCAACAUACUGUCCUAUUUUCCACGUUUUAAAGAUAUCAAAGGCUUGAUUGAACAGGAUUUUGUACUGAUGUUUGGUGAGGAUGUAUCAGGCAGGUUUCUGGAGAGGUGGCCAACAACAUUCAAAGGAAAGAUUAUCCAACAAGGCAGAAAGCUUCCUUCUGCCAGUGACCUGGAAGAACUCUUGCUGGCAGCUGACCCUCCUGAGGAUGCCACUGAAGUUAAUGCUGACAUUGGUUGGGACAGUGACCUUUCAACAAUUUUAUUGCUAUUACAUCUGAUUCCACCAUCUGGACAGGGCCGGAAAAGACCAGGAAAGGUGUCAGCUUCCCAAGCGGAAAAGCAUCUUGUGGUCUUCAAAAAGACUGGGACAAAUAUCCAAGAGCAUCUUGAUGCCAUCACUACUAGCACUCAACCCUACCUCUUGGCUGUUGGGGUGAAGAAGAAUGACAUCCACCAAUACUUCAUUAUUCUUGACAAGAACGCCAUACCAUGCAAGUCAACCUCUUCUCUAGGUUCUUUUGAUGAAUUGUUUAAAGCACAUUUUGUGUUUGGUACAUCUUACAACACCAUGCUUCACAACAUGUACACAUUCAUCCAAACCACUGUGUACAACAUAGAUGUUGGCAAAGUCAAAGAAAGUCCCCGAGUUGCUGAAGUAAGGGCAAGGUUGCUUCAUUAGUGCUUGAAGUUUGAAUCCCAUUGAAUUCCUCCAUGAAGUGUUUUGUCUGUCAGGCUGAGUUUACUGGUUCAAAAAUGCUUGUUAGGCAUUUACGGUUAGUUCAUGGUUACUUACCUGGAAAAAAUCUUCGCCUUAAAUGUGCCCAGCGUGGCUGUGGCUGUGUGUUUGGUACUUUUUCUGGUUUUAGAAAACAUUUAAAUACCAAACACCUUAACUAUUUUGACCAACAGGCUGACACUGAUGUUAAUCUCCAGCCUGAUGUGGCAGUUAAACAAGUUAGCAGUGCAGGGGAGGUGGUGUCAACUAAUGUAGAAGAGACACCCACAACAUCCGAAAUAUUGAAGUCAAAUAAAAGCACUCUGGAUAUGUGUGCCUCUGCUGUUGCACAGCUCAGGGCAGCGGGAUUAAGCCAAUCUACUGUAAAUAGUUUUGUCUCCUCAAUGGAAGAACUGUUUUUUGAGAUUCAUACUCAGGCUAAAGAUACAGCCUUACAGAGCUUACCUUCACAGGACACCACAAGUAAAAACAAAUUUGAGCAGUCAUUCGAAAACUUUGAAAACCCAUUCACACUGUUAAAUUCAGAAGCUAAACGAAAUAGACACUUUAAACAAAAAUGGGCAACUGUUGACCCUGUUGAAAUUGUGCUUGGCACAAGAUUUGACGGUAGAAGAAACAAGAUUACAGGGACUUACGAUCAAGUCAUUGUAACUGAUAGGUUUGCAUAUGUUCCCAUUUUGGAAACACUGAAACAAAUCUUUCAAAACCACCAUGUUGUUGACAUAUUCAAGUCCAGGAAUAUACCCAGAGAAGGUGUGUAUACAGAUUUACACGAUGCUGCCUAUGUUAAAGGAAGUCCCCUAUUUUCUACAGAAAAAGAUGCCUUACAAAUUCAACUAUUUUAUGACGACUUUGAAACUGCAAAUCCCUUGGGCUCUAAAAAGGGUGUACAUAAGUUAGGUGUAAUAUACUUUACACUAAGGAAUUUUCCCCCAAUCUUUAAUUCCUCUUUGGUUAAUAUUCAUUUGUGUGCUCUUUUUCAUGCACAAGAUUCCAAGCGUUAUGGCUUUAAUUCAAUACUUGAGCCACUUGUCAAUGAUCUGAAAGUACUUGAGACAGAGGGCCUGAAAAUUCCCAUGUUUAAACACUUGAUUCAUGGCACUGUAGUCCAGGUCACUGGGGAUAAUCUUGGCUUACAUAGUCUGUUUGGGUUUGUGGAGUCGUUUGCAGCUCGAUAUUGUUGUCGUUUCUGUCUGCUUGAGAAAGAUUGUUUUCAAAGUGUGUUCUGUGAAGAUGAUUCUGGUGUUGUACUAAGAACUCUUGAUAUGCAUAAGCAGCACUGUGAAAGUUUACAAAGAGAUCCUACGCUACCUCAUGUAUGUGGUGUGAAACGCAGUUGUCUCUUGAAUUCACUUAAAUAUUUCAACACAGCUAACAAUUUUUCUGUAGAUAUCAUGCAUGACAUUUUGGAGGGAGUUGCUCAGUUAGAGGUGAAACUUGUUCUGCAGUACAUUCAGGAGAACUUCCUAAGUGCUAAACAGCUUGCUGGUAGAAUACAUGCCUUUGACUAUGGCUACAAUCAGCGACGAAACCGCCCUCCAAGGGUAAAGUUGUUUGAUGGCAGUAAUGAUUUAGGGUUAAAUGCAAUUCAGUCUUGGUGCUUAUUGCGUAAUGUUCCGUUGCUGUUUGGUGAUUUAGUACAGACAGAUGAUAAGCUUUGGCAUCUUCUACUUCUGCUUCUACAAAUUGUCAAUAUUAUAUUUUCACCAGUGCUAUCAGAAGGUAUGACCAUCUACCUCAAACAUUUAAUUAUUGAUCAUCAUCAGCUCUUUAAGCAGUUAUUUCCUACAAUCAGUCUCCUACCAAAGCAUCACUUCAUGAUACAUUACCCUCGCAGUAUCCGAAACAUUGGCCCAAUUCUGCACAUGUGGUGCAUGAGAUACGAAGCCAAACAUAAUUUCUUUAAGAAACAAUUAAAAAGCUUUAAAAACAUUACAAAGACAUUGGCCAAAAAACACCAAAGUUGUAUGGCAAUGUAUUGGGAGUCCUUUAGUCUGGAAAAAUUAGCUUUAGGACCAGGAAAGAUGGUGACACUUGGAGAGCUGAAAGAAGGUCCAGAAAUUGCCUUAAAAAUUGGAGCUGUAUUGUCUACCAGUGUGUUUUCAGCUAAAUGGAUAAAACAUCAUGGUACAGAGUACCGCCCUGACUUUAUCAUCUGUACAGAGGUAGUGUCUGAGAUGCCUGUGUUUUGUAAGAUCAAGAGUAUUGCUGUGAAAGAUGACAUUGUAUUGCUCUGCGGAAAACUGAUGGAAACCCUGUGUUUGGAUGACCAUUACCAUGCAUUUAGGGUCAGAAUGCAUCCCAAUAUGGUUCUGAAAGUGUUAAACAUAAAUGAGCUGUGUUACUUCAAACCACUUGAUCUUCAACUGAAGUAUGGCACGUCAGAUUCCUCCCUGUAUGUUGUUCCAUAUUGUCAUUUUAUGUAGAACUAAAGUCAUUGUUUUAAAGUGUUUUAUAUACUACAUGAGAUGUUUUAAUAUUUUUAGCCUGACAUUAAAAUAAAGCAGUUAAACCUA